AUGGUCCUUCCAAUCCGCAACAACUUCCUCAGCUUCAGCGAAACCAAGAAUCCACGUGUCUGCUUUCAGGACAUACUGUAUCUUUUCAAGCCUGGGAGUUUGGCCUAUUUACCGAACAAGCGGAAGUCAGGAAAGUCCCUCCAUCGCUCUGCUGCCCAACAGGUAUGGCGUAUGGUUUCAUGUCGGCCGGCAACAGUAUGGACUCGUGGAUACUCUGAAGAAUCCGAGGAUCCAUAUGAACACACCCGAUGGAGCAUUUACUGUCUCGACUACGAUGGAGAUACUAUAGUCCCAGUCUGGAAUGUCAUCAAGUUUGAGAGAUUCGACGGAGAAAGAGACAUUACCUCACUGGAGUGCUACCCCCUCGAUUUUCACCCGAACAAGAAAGACAUCAUCGACAAACACCAGAGCAUUGGCCACAUGUUCAAUUCAUGUAUCUCAGCGAAGCUGAAGCAUCACUACUACUCAGGAUGGACUUUCAUCACGGGCCUUCACGCCGAACCCUUGGAUGAUGAGAACGGUAAUCAGGUCCAAUAUCCCGAGUAUAUCGAGAGCGAUGUGGUUAUCGAUUUCAAAGAGACACUCCGAAGCUAUCCUAAAUGGGAAACUGACGUAGGAGAUGCUUACCCUCUGAGUUCCGAUCAGGAGUGGGAAACAUACUCAGAGUUUCCGUUGAGCGUUUGGGGAAAGGACGUGGACACGACUAUAGGGCGAAGACGCUACAGGGAUGAAGAUAUCCCUAUACUCACGGAAGAGUUCAUCUACUAUCGAGAUGAGGCAGAGAAGUGGAUGGCCAAGGAUGAAUUUCUCCUCAAGGAUGUGGAAUUCCUGCGCAAGACAUGGUCCGACGUGGACCUGGCUCUGCUCCCCAAAAGAUUGUUCGCCUACAUUUUGAGAGAGCGGAAAUUUGCCCGCAUCGACGUCGAAGGAAUCGAACUCAACACGGGAGAAAGUAAUGUUAAUCUGAAUCAGAUCCAGAUGAAGCCCGAACGCCGCAGAAUGAUUCGGUCGGCGGUCUCAGCUCACUUCAGGGACAAUAAAGGCUCCUCCACGUUCGACCUCGAUUUGAUUAAGGGGAAGGGCAGAGGUCUUGUCAUACUUCUGCAUGGUGCUCCAGGUGUUGGGAAGACCGCGACUGCUGAAGCUGUGGCGGCAGAGACCAGAAGGCCGUUGUUCCCCAUUACUUGUGGCGAUCUAGGGUUCUCGCCCAAUGCGGUGGACAAGUCUCUCAGAGACAUAUUCCGCUACGCACAUCUGUGGAACUGUAUUCUUCUGCUUGAUGAAGCCGACGUGUUCCUCACACAAAGAGAUCGUGGAGGCGGAAACCUUGAGCGGAAUGCUCUUGUGGGAGUUUUUCUCAAAGUCUUGGAAUACUACAGCGGCAUUCUUUUCCUUACGACGAACAGAGUUGGCGCCCUAGACGAAGCCUUCCAAUCCCGUGUACAUCUCAGUCUAUCAUACCCCAACCUGAGUUUGGAAGACACAGUCAAGAUCCUCGAGGCGAACCUGAGUCGCUUGCCUAGAGUGGAGCGCGCUGAAAACAACACCCCUCGCGAUGGCUAUCUCAAAGUCAACGAUAAGGCCAUCAUUGAAUUCGUCAGCAGCGAAUACAAGAGGUACGCCGAGAGAACAGGCAAAGAUAGGGGCCCAUGGAACGGACGCCAGAUUCGGAACGCGGUACAGAUCGCAGCUGGCUUGGCUCUAUACGAUAAGCAGACUGAAUUAGAAGAGAAGGGUGAGGACGGCAUUCCGGCAUUCCUUACUACUGACCAUUUCCGGGCCGUGGCAGAGACGACGUCCGAGUUUGAGCAAUAUCUCGAAGAAACCAACGACCCUUACGACAACAACACAAACCCUGCCGCAGGGCCCUUUUUUGACGACCAAUUUUUCCCUACGAAGGCCUCACCGGCAAACCUCCCACCAAACACCAUUCAAGCAGUCAGCACCGAGCUUACCGGAACCAACACAAUCAUGGCGGUGCGCGCGCAAUUCGAGAAUUCCAACGAGGUCGGCGUCUUCUCGACUCUCACCAACUCCUACGCUCUCGUCGCCCUCGGCGCCAGCGAGAACUUCUACAGUGUCUUCGAGGCUGAGCUGCAAGAUGUCAUCCCCAUCUGCCGGACAACCAUUGCCGGUACGAGAAUCAUUGGCCGGUUAACAGCUGGUAACCGCAAGGGCCUCCUCGUCCCCACGAGCACAUCAGACCAGGAACUCCAGCAUCUUCGGAAUAGUUUGCCCGACGACAUCCGCAUACAGAGAAUAGAAGAGCGCCUGUCGGCCCUCGGUAACGUCAUCGUCUGCAACGACCACAUCGCCCUGAUCCACCCCGACCUGGAGCGCGAGACGGAGGAGAUCAUCGCCGACGUUCUCGGCGUCGAAGUCUUCCGCCAGACCAUUGCCGACAACGUCCUCGUCGGUUCCUACAUGUCCCUCUCCAACCAGGGUGGUCUCGUCCACCCCAAGACCUCGAUACAGGACCAGGACGAACUGUCCAGUCUGCUGCAGGUCCCCCUCGUCGCGGGUUCCGUCAACCGCGGCAGCAACGUCGUAGGCGCCGGUAUGGUCGUCAACGACUGGAUGGCCGUCACCGGUCUCGACACCACGGCAACCGAGCUCAGUGUCAUCGAGAGCGUCUUCAGACUUGGUGAGGGCCUGGGUCCCAGCAACGUCAACACCAACCUCAAGGACACCAUGGUCGAGUCUUUCUACUAA